AUGCAACCCCACAACCCAUGGACCGACCCAGCCCCUACCUCGCUCUCCAACUGCACCCCAACCUCCGCCACCUGCACCGGCUCGACCUCUGAUCCGGCCCUGCCGCCGCACCAGGCCGCUCUGCUCGCAGCCGAAGCCAGAGCCCAAGCCCAAGCUCUCGCCGCUACCCCACCCGCUCAACCGACCGAUGCCUAUCGACAACAACACGUCCCCUUCGACCCUUCGACCUUCCAGGCUGGUGCCAAGGACAAGUUGCCGUUCCACAGGAUCUUGGAUACUCAGGUGCGUUCAAAAGGGAGAGAGGGAGGACGUGAUUAGGUCUGAUUCGGUCCUCAUUCAGACGCUGAACGCUGACCUGAAUUGCAUUCCGUGCACCUCAUCACAGCUUUUACCAAAGUGCUCCAAAUCUCAAGCUGUGCAGACGUUGCAACUCAUGCAGACCAUACUGGGGUGAGCCUCGAGCAACCUCGAGCUCGAACCUCGGCGAAUUCGGGCAACCAAAUCGACCCUGACUUUUUCACUUCCUCUGACCCGACAGCAACCUGCUCGAACCGCCCAAUCCGGCCCAAGCGAUGAAGUACCGUCAACUACGCAAGUCGAACGCGCAGAUCCAACGUCACCUCGUCGACGUGUCCUCCGCCGCCGCGAUCGACUUUCUCCUCCUGUGUUCGUUCCGCAUCCAAAUCAUCGACUUUACCGAAUACCUCGUUUACCCACCCUGUCCCUCGGCGAAACAAUUGCAUCAACUCAAGCUGGGCGCCCAUGUCGUCGCGGUUGUACUUGGUCGGGCAAAGGAGGCCGAAGAGAGGGAGGGGAGGUAUCGCCAGAGUGAGAAGGACGUGCAGGAGGAGAGGAAGAAGAAGGCGCUGUUGCAGUUCGAAGAGGAUCGCAGGCUCAAGAUGGAAAAGGACGAGAGGGGUCAGUUUGAAAUGGGUUAGACUCAGGCUUUGAGCUCACUACUCAAACACUAUUCGUCUUCUUCACGCAGACCGCAUCGUCCGCACCGAGAAAGCUCGUCAAGCCUCCGAAGCCGAAGCCAAAGCCGAACUCGAACGCCUACGCCUCCAAGCCGACGAUGCGUCGGACCACCCCGUCUUCACAGGUUCCACGUCCGCAGCAAGGUCCAUGACGAUCCAACAGAAUGAUGACGACGAUGACGAUAGGGAUCGACCGCCUAGUUAUGGGAGCGUGACGGGUCGGGUCUUGGGCACCGGCGACCCCGUUGUGGAUCAUGAUGGGUUCGUGCAGAAUCAGGAUUUGGAAGACAGUGAUGAGGAGCAGGAAUACGAGGAUGCGUAG